GGGUUGGAGGCACCAGGCCUUCCGCGCGCAGCGUGAGGAAGCCCAGCAGCAGUAUGAAGAUGCAGCUGCAGAUGAGCAAGUCUCAGUCCUCGAAGUUGAACAUGGUUGACAACUCCGAGCAUGCCUCUGAUGUAAGUCCCGCUUCUAGUGCAGGUUUCUUCAAGGAAGCUCCUUCGCCGAAUCGUUUCCACGGAAUCAACAAGAUGGCCAUGAAAUCGGUGUCAAAGAAGAUGCAUACUACUACUAGUACUAUGAAGAAGAUGC